AUGAGCGCACUCAUCACAAGGGCUGAGUGGGACUCGAAGCUCAAAACCGCGCAGGAGCAAGCGCAACGGGCCACCAAGGCCGAGCUCGCUCGCAACUACUCGGAAGCCUUCGAGCUCUACGUACGAUCAGGCCAGCUCUUUGUCUGGUUGCUCGGCAACCUUCCCAAUCCCAACGAUCAGCAUGCUUCCGAAAAUCGAGCCUCGCCCUUCGCAUCGAGCUCAGCAGCCGUCGAUGGCUGUUCCGAACCAGCUGCCGCUCAAACUCGUGAGCGUCUCAAGCAGAUGGCAACCAAGGUCAUGGCGCGCGCAGAAAAGAUCAAGGCCAUCCGCAAAGACCUUCGACCGAUCGACCGCGAUGCGCUCAGUCAAGAGGAGCAGUCCACCAUCCUCGUCAGCUCGUCUCUCAUCAAUGGCUGCCGUUACCCCGUCUGGCACGCAUCUCCUUCCAAGGCUCCGGCUUCCAAGGCGGCCACAUUUACUCAGGAGAAGCAGCCGCCACUGUCGUCCAUACAGCUCCGAAAAGGUGCAGUGUACAAACGUGCAUCUCAACUCAGCUCAGAGGAGGCACAGGGCUGGUCCACAAAGCUUGCAGGCAGCGACAUCGUUCAGGACAUUGUCUCGGAUUGCUCCUUCGUAGCUGCCCUCGAAGUUGCCGUACAGCAUGAUCGCAUCUUUGGCGGUCAGCUCGCAACAUCUGCACUCCAUCCACAAGACUCCUCCGGACGCAUCCAGCCCAGUCCGGACGGCCAGUAUCAUGUCAAAUUGCACAUAAAUGGCGCACCACGCAUGGUCGUCAUCGACGAUCAUCUUCCUUGCUAUCCCUCGACAUCCACAACCUCACAAGCAUCCUCAUCCGCACCUGCGCCCCUUCCAGACCAGCCGAAUACACGCCAGCAUCAACUUAUGUGUGUCACGUCCCGCGAUGGUCAGCUUAUCUGGCCUGCGCUGCUCGAAAAGGCCUUUCUACAAGUGAUGGGCGGGUACGACUUUGCGGGCUCCAAUGGCAGCAUCGAUCUCUACGCCCUCACCGGCUGGUUGCCAGAGCACAUCUUUCUCAGACACGCCGGCUUUCAACGUGAAAAGACCUGGAUCAGGUUCCAUGACGCCUGGAACGCCGGCAGAUGCAUGGCCACAGCUGGCACCGCCAAAGCGCCCUCUCGCAACCAGCCAGUUGGCUCUGCGCAGCCGGGCGAAGCACCCGAGACGAUCGUGCUGGAAUCUGGCCUCGUGUCGAGUCACAACUACGCCAUCCUUGACGUCCGUACUUUCGGCAGUCGUCGUUAUGUCAAGCUCAUGAAUCCUUGGCGCACUGCCACCGGCAUUCGACCAGCAAUAGCCAUCCCAGCCGAAGAGGAGCGGCGCGUCUAUGCAGAAACCGCUCUCAACACCAUCUCGAUCGAGCACAAACUAAGCGAAAUGAGACUCGCGAACGAAGCCGAAGAUGACAAAGCAACAUCGACCUACACAGUCUCAUGGGACGAUUUCUGCAGCCACUUCGAUUCGCUCUUCCUCAAUUGGGAUCCCGAGCUGUUCGAAAACAGCGUCACCGUACAUUCGAGCUGGAGAGGCACCGCUCUCCUUUCGACUGCACACGGCUCGAAACAGCCAGAUCCUCAUUUCAAGCUUUCACUCACCAUUUCACCGAGUAUGCCUCGCGGCAGCACAGAUCCCACUGACGAGAUCUGGCUGCUGCUUACACGUCACUUCACCAGCACGCACAAUGCGGCAGAAGACGCGUUGCCUCGCAGCUCAGAACAGGGAGCCUCGGAUUACAUUGCGAUUCAUGCAUUCGAAGACGAUCAGCGAUCUGCGGAAGGCGCACAGCUAGCUUCCACUCCUGCACCACCCUCGCGUACGACCAAGCACAAGGGCGCGUACGUUGAUGGUACGCACUGUCUUGUUAGACUCAAGCCGUCCUUCCUUCGUAAAGUCGACUCCAACGAGACAAGCCCGCGCGCAGACAGCCAACAGGAGCCGCAGCAGUGUACGUUUACUGUCGUCGUUUCGCGUCGCAGCGAAGGCGAUGCGCUGCCUUCAUCAGCAGCUUCGCCGAGUGAGGAAGCAGGCAAGGACGUCAACUACACGCUCGCCGUGUUUUCUCGCUACCCGAUGGAGCUGUCGGAGCUGCGAACACGGCUGCCGUUCUGCGAGUCCGUCUCUGGCUCUUGGACCGCACGCACUGCUGGAGGCAACGCGACGCUGGCGUCGUUCAUGACCAAUCCGCAGUACACUCUGGUCGUACCAGCAGGGGCAGGCGAAGUGCAGUUGCAGGUGAUGCUCGAGUCCUCGGACCGACGAAUUCCGGUGCAGGUGCUGAUUGCCUAUCCGGGUGCUGGCACCGGCCGUGUCACGCACUUGACCGAAGGCGAUGUGGUUCUCAGCAGUGGCAUGUACCACCAUGGGUUGGCGCUGUGCUCCACUUCGCGACCAGGUACUUCCGGAACCGUGGUGCGACCGGGCAGCUAUACGUUGAUCGCGUCGACCUUUGCAGCUGGAAUGGAAGACGAGUUUCAUCUUCGCGUCGAGAGCUCUCGCCCUGUCCAGGUGAAGCCUAUACCGCAAGAGGGAGCGGGAAUGUUUCACCGGCGUCUGACGUCCUCCUGGCGACGCGGCGUUACUGCUCAUGGAUCGCGCGCGAACCAGGCGUACUUUGACAACCCCUCGUGGCGGUUUACGAUAGAUCGACCGGGACCAACGGAUUUUGCUGCGAGGAUCAGGGUCGAGCCCAUGCGUGGGGACGAUCACGUACGACCUUAUGUACACCUUGCGCUGUUUGCGGAGCGGGAAGGUGGGUGGCAGCAGGUGGCGAACAGUGGAAGCUAUACGGAUUUGGUGUGUGGUGCAGCGGUGGAGAAGGUGAAGCUCUCACCGGGGACUUAUAGAAUAGUCGCGUCGACGUAUAAGGCCGAGGUGGAGGCGCAGUUCGGGGUGGAUGUGUACACCGAGAGGAAGGUUGAUCUUCUGCAGGUGUGA